CCUCCUUUCUGUGGGAAUUCCUGUCCCACUACCUUGUACCAUUGAAAAGAUACUGUGAUCUAAAAAAAAAACAUACAACAGAGCGAGUUGGGACAGAGGAAGGGGGCCUUUAUCCACUAACUAAACAGCCCAAGGAAAGGACUUGACAUAUAUGUAGGAACUGAAUGUGUUUUGUGUAUACCUUGAACGUUGUAGUAGAUGCACAGUGGAUGAUUGUGCUCACACGUAAAGAUUGACUCCCUUUGAAGCUAUAAUGACGCAUAAUCUAGAGAUGAACUCCACCGAAGAUCCACCACAGAACAGAACGCCGGAUAUACAGGAGGAAGAAGAGAAGAGGGACUGGAAAAAAGGAAGUAGGAUACACACUACAUUAGUGGGCUGCAAUGUCCUCCUCUUCAGCUGUGCUUUGCUAACCUGUGUAUUCACUAAGGACAUCCCUAUCUUCGAGAAAGACUUUCUUAUAUUCCUCAUUUUCAUGAUGGUCCUCUGCAUCUCCUGGAUGCUUUUCCAAAUGUUCUUCACCUGGAGGAACAAAGAUGCAGUUCUGUAUAAAGAUUGCCAGGCAGGUCCAAUAUGGAUGAGAGCCGGAAUCAUUCUCUUUGGCAUCGGUUCACUUAUUAUGACCUCUUUAAAGAUUGCAUACACAGCUGUGUACACAGAUUGCACAACGCCCACAAAAAUAAUGCAACCCGUCAUGCAGGCCCUCUUCAUCAUUGUUCAGACAUGUUUUCUUUGGAUCUCCUGCAAACAUUGUGUCCAGAUUCAUGUAAUUACUACCAGGUGCUUUCUGAUGGUCAUUUUGAUGGUAAAUAUGACUAUAUGGAUUAUCACGGUUACUGAAGAAUCCACACAUCACACAACUGAAUUGGAGUUGUUCUUUAGAAGAAAGGCUGCAAGAAUGAAUAACACUAAAGAUAAUGACGAUGACGAUGGCGAUGAAGAUUUGAACAGAUGUGGAUGCUCAUAUAAAUGUGCCAUUAACAAAAGAGUUUAUAGUUACCUGUACCCCUUUAAUAUUGAGUACAACCUCUUUUCUGCAGCAAUGAUCUAUAUCAUGUGGAAGAAUGUGGGACGCAAGAUUGAUGAAAAUGCUUUAUUCCAUCAUGGACUUGGGCCAGGGGUUCGUCAACACAUUCCACUUCUGGGCCUUUUUUCUGGUUUGGCCAUUGUAAUUACAGGCCUAGUAAUGUUUAUCUUGUAUGAAGUAGGUAGAGGGAAUCCUCAAAAACUUUGGGUAUCUUUGACUGCUUUUUACUUCUUUCAUUUGAUCAGUCUUUUUCUUAUGUGUCUGGCCAAUGUGGUGGGAAUUGUAAUUUUCCAGCUGGAUAAGAGGAACAUGUGCAAUCAGAAGAACCCAAGUCGGACCUUAGAUACUGUUCUACUUGUGUUAGCAACAUUAGGCCAAUAUGAAAUUUCUUAUUUUUCUCUUAUAGCCAUGGUAUCCAUAGUUCCCUUUAGCCUCAUGUGUGGUUUAACAUUUUCCUAUUCCGUACUGAUGAUUAUUCAACACUUCUUUCAAAAUGCUUUAAUAAUCCAAGGCCUGCACCGUCUUCCCCCCGCCAACUUACUUAAUGCUCAUUCAGGAGCGAGUUCCCCCGUUUCCGUGGAACACCAUGAUUCUAUAAGACGUAGAAGUGUGCCAGAGAAAGAGAAAAGAUUGUCCCUAACGAGCCUUCCAGGAAAUCUGAGAAUGUCAAGAAGAUCGACUCUGGUGGGAAGCAUUAAGAGCCAUCUGAAGAAAAGGAAAACUAUGAAGGACGUUUAUUUGUUUCUCUUCCUCUGUAAUAUUACUUUCUGGAUUUUGCCAGCCUUUGGAGCUCGAGUCAUGUUUGACUCCGGACUGGAGGUGAAUUUUUAUGGAUUUUCUAUGUGGGCUAUAAUUACCAAUAUUUGCCUUCCUUUUGGAAUUUUUUACCGGAUGCACUCUGCUGCCAGUUUACUGGAACUAUAUAGCACGGCCUAGAAGGUCUACAAUAUUAUCUGCUGUCUGGAAUACAAGUAUUUUUACCAACAACAACUUGAAUGGCUAACAUGUCAAAGACCUUGAAAUUUCAAAGAAGAAGGGACUUGUGAAAAUAUGGACCUUGUUUAAAGUAUUUUAGGGCCAAUGGUUAGGUUAAUAGGUAGAAGAGGGUUUGAUUUCUGAUAUUUCCCAUAACACCUACUCAAAUGCUAAGUGUAACAUCAACUUCAGUGCCUACAAUGUUUAGCACACCGCAAAUUAUUGGGAAAAACUACUAAAAUAUUUGUUGCAUUCUUUAUGCCACUCACAUAAUUUAAUUAGGAUUUUAAUCUUAAUAAAAUAAGAAAUGUGUACUAAAGUUAUGAAAAGUUUAUACAA